AUGCCACACUACCUUCUCCGUUCUAAGCUAGUUGACCUAUGGAGUCCAUCCGAACAGUUGAUUUUGAUUGACUUAGGAUGGGAUUUUUUCAUAGUCAAAUUUAGCAAAGAGGAGAACUUAGUGAAAGCAUUACAAAAAGGGCCAUGGUUCUUAUCAGGGAAUUUCCUCUCAGUAAGAAGAUGGGAACCAAAAUUCGUUCCACAGGAAGCAACCCUAUCCUUCACUGCAAUUUGGGUAAGACUACCGCAGCUGCCAACAGAAUUCUAUGAUAAGGAAAUUCUUGUAAAGGUGGGUCGGAAGCUGGGAAAACUACUAAAAAUUGACACAUGCACCUCAGCCACUCUUAGAGGAAGGUAUGCACGCAUAUGCAUUCAGGUCCCCCUAGAAAAACCAGUAGCAACCUCAGUCACAAUAGGAGAUCAUAAACAACUAGUACUUUACGAAGGGGAAAAUGUACUAUGCACUGGAUGUGGAAGAAUAGGUCAUACCCUAAAAGGGUGUACACAUAGACAAAGCCAAUACCAACACCAGCCCGGGAUAGCCCAGAAUGCUCAAAAAAUAGCCAAAGAAACACUGCAAAUCAAACAACAAGUACAGAGGAAGAAGAAGAAUGGCAAGUUGUCUCCUUCCCAAGAAGGAAAAAAAAGGACACCGCCACAAAACAAAGGCAAGAACAGGAUACCUACCCCAAAGACAAUUCAUCAGCAAAACAGGACAAAAUCAAUGUAA